AUGAUAAAAACAUAUGAUAGUAAUAAAAUAUUUUGGGGUACAAAUUUUCGUCGAAUAUCAAACCAAUAUUUAGAUCAAUUUGAAAUUGACAAAAGUAUGAGAUGGAAAACAGCAAGAGAUAAUAUGAGCGGAUAUUGGGAAGGUAAUGAUGGAUCAUGUUAUAUAAUCAGUACUGAUAAAAAUCAAAUAUAUUGGUUAGCGAUUGAUAAAAAUAAUCGAUGGUCACAUAUUGGUGCUGGUACAUACAAUAAUAAUAUUAUUCGUAUAAAUUGGGGUGAUUUAAUAAUUG